CAGCCUAAUUUUCACAGCAAAAGAGCCAACAGUGCAUUUUUUCAUUAUGAUGAAAAAGAGCUGGGAGCUGCGAAUGGGAGACAGAGAAGUCCUCCUGGAUAUGGAUGCCAGGGGUGAAGCACACACCACAGACAGCUACGGCAGUCUGCAGAAUGGGGAUUUUUUCCCACCACGAUGUUUUUCAGCUGCGGCUUUGGAGGAUGAUGUGCGCUGUGAUGAUCCAAUUCAUAUGCGCUGCAUAAAAGGAGAUAAUCACAUGGUUUCAAAGAUGGGGAACUACUUUAGAGAUGGAAGAACUAAAAUUGAUUUUGUGCUGGUGUGGGAGAUCCGAUCACGGCACAAGCAGCGUGGGAAGGGGAAAGGCAACGGGAUCUGUGAGGAUAGGGAGUCUGCAGAGUGGAGGGACAAAUUUGUCCAGAAUCUGCAGAGUGCUGGACUGCUCUUGGAAAAGGAGGAAACAGCAAAUGAAAAGAAAACCAUACAUUUUCUUAAAAUCAGUACUCCCUGGGAUGUGUUGGUUUAUUAUGCUGAGGAACUGUGCCUCCGAGCUCCACUGCAGGCCCAGCAGCAUCUGGACCUCAACACAUCUUCUGUGGUUCUAAAACGACUGUGUAUACCCAACCUAAUGAUGGAGUCCGUGCCAAACAGGCCACUCGACUAUUACACUUGCGCUUUCCGCAAGUCAAAGAUGAACAGGUUUCUUGGUUCCGAAGACCAAGACACCUACUUCACUAAUACUCAGAGACACCAGGUCGUUUAUGAGAUUCUUGCUCGGACGGUGUACGGCAAAAAGAAAAGGACAGAAGUUGGUGUGGAUCGACUGGUAAACGAAGGGGCCUACACAGCAGCUUAUCCUCUGCAUGAGGGUCCUUUCCAGCUUCCAAGCUAUGAGAUCUGUUCUGACGAGCUCAACCAGAGGCAGGUUCUGCACUACUACUGGGCUCGCUGGUGCAAAUGGUACAAGUACCAACCACUAGAUCACAUUAGGGAAUACUUUGGAGAGAAGAUUGCCCUCUACUUUGCUUGGCUAGGCUUCUACACAGCCUGGCUGCUGCCGGCAGCCAUAGUGGGAACGCUGGUUUUUGUGUCAGGAGUCAUGUCCAUGGACACCAACACACCAGCGGAGGACAUUUGUAACAGCGGUGCGAAGUAUCCGAUGUGUCCACUCUGUAAAACAUGUGAAGCCUGGAACAUGUCUGAUAUCUGCACCAUGGCAAAGUUGGGCUACCUGUUUGACCACCCGGGUACUGUUUUCUUCAGUGUUUUCAUGUCCUUCUGGGCUGUGACCUUUCUGGAGUUCUGGAAACGAAAGAUGGCCACUCUGGCUCAUCACUGGGACUGCAUGGAUUUCCAUGAGGAGGAGGAGCGUCCUCGGCCUGAAUUUGCCGCCACGGCCCCGACUGUGGAAGAAAAUCCAGUGACUGGAGUCAAAGAGCCAUACUUUCCAGAGCAAACGAGGCUGUCUCGCAUGUUCACUGGCUCCAUGGUCAUCAUACUGAUGCUGUGUGUAGUGAUAAUCUUCCUGGUGACAGUGGUCAUGUGUCGAGGUGUCAUCAGCGUGAUGAUGUACCAAAGCGGGAGCCCUGUGCUGCGUACAGAGGCCGGGACUAUAGCUAAUAUCUGCAGCAGCAUUGUAAACCUGGGCUUCAUUCUGUUCAUGGGACAGGUUUAUACCGCCCUCGCUGAACAGCUCACUAAAUGGGAGAUGCACAGAACACAAACCCAGCAUGACAACGCUUUCACCCUUAAAGUGUUCAUCUUCCAGUUUGUCAACUUCUAUUCAUCUCCCUUCUACGUGGCUUUCUUUAAGGGAAGGUUUGUGGGUUACCCUACAAACUAUGGAACCUUGUUUGGGAUGAGAAACGAAGAUUGUGGUCCUGGCGGUUGCCUCAUUGAGCUGGCUGAACAACUCUUCAUCAUAAUGGUGGGGAAGCAGCUUAUCAACAACAUUCAGGAGUUCAUUAUACCUAAAGUAAAAGCCUGGCGCCAGAAGAGAACCUUAGCCAGUGUGCUGGGAGAUAAUGAGCCAGAUGAGCCUCGGCGCUGGGAGGAAGACUACAAACUGGUACCGUGUGGGGGCCUGUUCGAGGAAUAUCUGGAAAUGGUCCUUCAGUUUGGGUUCAUCACAAUUUUUGUGGCAGCGUUCCCCCUCGCACCACUCUUCGCCCUCUUGAACAACUGGGUGGAGAUCCGCCUGGACGCCCACAAGUUUGUGUGCGAGUACCGCCGACCGGUGGCCGAGCGGGCACAAAACAUCGGAGUUUGGUUCAACAUAUUAGAGGCCUUGUCCCAUCUGUCAGUAAUUGCCAACGCUUUUCUAAUCGCCUUUACAUCAGAUUUUUUACCACGCUUGCUCUACCAGUACAAGUUCAGUAACGAUCUUAAUGGAUAUGUUAACUUCACCUUGGCCUAUGCACCACUUAACAACACUGACUACCCCAGGUGCAGAUACAAAGCAUUCAGAGACAACGAUGGAACAUACACUCUCUUCUACUGGGAGCUCCUUGCUGUCCGACUUGGUUUUAUCAUUGCAUUUGAGCACGUUGUGUUUUUUGUUCUGCGAGCCAUUGACUGGAUUGUACCUGAUGUCCCUGAGUCCUUGGAGCUGAAGAUCAAGAGGGAGCACUACCUUGCCAAGCAAGCACUGGCUGAAAACCAGGAGGCGCUGUUGUGACUGCAGAUAACACUGUAGCAUUCAGGAGUAGGUUGAUGGAGCUACAAGGAAGCUGCAAAACAAUAUACAACACUCACUCACUCAC